GGAGAGGAAUCGGGGCCCGGAGGAGAAAAGACAAGAAGGGGCGCGCGACAGCAGCAAACUUGCCUCUCCCGGCACUGGAAAAUGACACUUGGUGCAGCCCAGGGCGCCGCCGCCGCCGCCGCUCCGGUCGAUCCUAUUGUUUCUUAGGCUGCCUUCUUUCUCCGGCAGUCCAAAAGGGGGUGACUUCAGCUCGGGAGGGACGGCGGCUUCGUCCUCCCGGCGUCUUGUGUGAUCCUGUCAAGCGGCAAACAAGCAACAAACACUCUGCGCGAGAGAAAGAGGCCACCCCGCUGCCCAGCCUCGGAACGAGCGAGCCCAGCAGGCAGCCGAGAGCAUCAGCGGCCACCCCCGGGGGUGAUCGGGGUCCCCCCCUGGAUUCUUUUCUUCUUCUUCGAAGCCUGAGUUCGAUUUCCUCUGAUUCUCUUUGAUUCCACCCGUCUCAAGAAAGAGAAAGUCGCGGGCGAUUUGGGUUCUCAUCGACACUCUUCUUUGUUGUUGUCUUGUGCUGUGCUUUUUUCUUCCCGCCUUGUCUUUUCUUUUUUAAGAAGAAGGGAGGGCCGUGGUUGUUUUUAAUUCAUGUUUGGGAUUCAGGAAAGCAUUCAGAGGAGUGGGAGCAGCAUGAAGGAAGAACCCCUCGGCGCGGGGAUGAACGCGGUCAGGACCUGGAUGCAGGGAGCCGGCGUUCUGGAUGCAAACACGGCCGCUCAGAGCGGGGUGGGCCUGGCCCGGGCGCACUUCGAGAAGCAGCCGCCUUCCAACUUGAGGAAAUCGAACUUCUUCCACUUCGUGCUGGCUCUCUAUGAUCGGCAAGGGCAGCCCGUGGAGAUCGAACGCACCGCCUUCGUGGGCUUUGUGGAGAAGGAGAAAGAAGCCAACAGCGAAAAGACCAACAACGGGAUCCAUUACCGGCUGCAGCUUCUCUACAGCAACGGAAUAAGAACAGAACAGGAUUUUUACGUCCGCUUAAUCGACUCCAUGACAAAACAAGCGAUAGUAUACGAAGGACAAGACAAGAACCCUGAAAUGUGCAGAGUUCUGCUCACCCAUGAAAUAAUGUGCAGCCGCUGUUGUGACAAGAAAAGCUGUGGCAAUAGAAAUGAGACUCCUUCAGAUCCAGUGAUAAUUGACAGAUUCUUCUUGAAGUUCUUUCUUAAAUGUAACCAGAACUGCCUAAAAAAUGCAGGAAACCCUCGUGACAUGCGAAGAUUUCAGGUUGUGGUAUCUACAACAGUCAACGUGGAUGGUCAUGUCUUGGCAGUGUCGGAUAACAUGUUUGUACACAACAACUCUAAACAUGGGCGGAGGGCUCGAAGGCUUGAUCCUUCGGAAGGUACGCCUUCUUAUCUGGAACAUGCAGCUACACCAUGUAUCAAAGCCAUCAGUCCAAGUGAAGGAUGGACUACAGGAGGUGCCACUGUCAUCAUCAUAGGAGACAAUUUCUUUGAUGGGUUACAGGUCAUAUUCGGCACCAUGCUGGUCUGGAGUGAGCUUAUUACACCUCAUGCAAUCAGAGUUCAAACACCACCCCGACACAUCCCUGGCGUGGUAGAGGUCACAUUGUCUUAUAAGUCAAAGCAGUUCUGUAAAGGAACCCCUGGAAGAUUCAUCUACACAGCCCUGAAUGAACCAACCAUUGACUAUGGUUUCCAAAGGUUACAGAAAGUCAUCCCAAGGCAUCCUGGUGACCCUGAACGCUUGCCAAAGGAAGUAAUACUCAAGCGGGCAGCUGACCUGGUGGAAGCACUCUAUGGUAUGCCGCAUAACAACCAGGAAAUAAUCCUAAAAAGAGCAGCUGAUAUAGCAGAAGCACUCUACAGUGUUCCUCGCAAUCAUAACCAGCUCCCAGCACUCGCCAACACAUCAGUCCACGCAGGAAUGAUGGGUGUGAAUUCCUUUAGUGGGCAGCUAGCAGUCAAUGUUUCAGAAGCCUCACAGGCCACCAAUCAGGGUUUUACUCGCAACUCAAGCAGUGUAUCGCCUCAUGGUUACGUGCCAAGCACUACCCCACAGCAGACAAACUACAACUCCGUCACAACAAGCAUGAAUGGCUAUGGAAAUGCUGGAAUGUCAAAUUUAGGUGGAUCUCCAACUUUCUUGAAUGGAUCUGCUGCCAAUUCUCCCUAUGCCAUCGUGCCAUCUAGCCCAACAAUGGCCUCCUCCACUAGCCUCCCUUCUAACUGUAGCAGCUCCUCUGGAAUCUUCUCCUUCUCACCAGCCAACAUGGUCUCAGCGGUAAAGCAGAAGAGUGCUUUUGCCCCUGUUGUUAGACCGCAGACAUCCCCUCCCCCAACCUGUACCAGCACCAAUGGGAAUAGCCUGCAAGCUAUAUCUGGCAUGAUCGUCCCCCCCAUGUGAAAGAAUUGCCUUGAAGAAUUGUACUAAUGAAGAAGGUUGGAUUCUGCUUCAGAACAAAAUCUGACUCAAGUCCCAGAGUGGAACUUUUAACUCAGGCCUUUUUCCUUUUUCUUUUGUUAAAGAGGAAGUUCACAGUAACUGCAAAGUUUAAACAAAAUAAAAUUUAAAGCUUCACCAUCCUUGCAAAAUAAUACUGAAAUUCAUGAAGAGUCUGCAAGUGCAAGGUGUUCACUCGAGCUGUCCCUCCCAAGUACUUGGGAGAAAGAUUUAUUUUGUGUCAUGAAAAAAAUCCAUUCAUGUCUUUUCGGUUUUUUCAACCUUAAUUUAAUUCUGCUGCCAUUUGUCUGUUACAAAUUGUCCUGGAAGAAUGGGGCAUAGAAGGCCCUUUUAUUUAAUAAAAAAAACUUUUUUAAAAGCAGUGUGAAGAGAAGGCAAAUGGUGGUAACACUUAAAAAAUGAGCUUGUAUGAAACGGAAGUAGAAGUGCCAGGUAGGGGUGAUUGUUUUCUUUCCUUAGAAGAGUAAAGGGCCAUGCCAGUUAAGGGCUGGCUCAUGAAUGUUACUCAUCCAGAGAAAGUUUGCUCAUCUAAUGUUUUGCAUUUUUGGUAUGUUUGUGUGGAGAUAUAUAUAUUCACAUAGAUAUACACAUGCACACACAUACACCAUUAAUUAGAAUUCCAAGUCUAUGUUAGGGGCAGUAAGACUUUUUUGACCCUCUUUUUCUUAGAAUAUCAUAAUUACGUGAUUGUGUAAAUAAUGCAAGACAGAAAAUUAGCAAAAGUGUAGCUAAGGACAAGCAUAUUCCACCGUUACCUUGAAAACCCAGUGCCUCCGGAUAUAAUGCUGAAACUGCAGAAUUAGAUUAGCAUGGCUCUCUAUCUUUAGCUUAUGUCAAAAUCUUUCCAAAUGAGUGGCCUCCCUUACUCCUGUCAAUGCAGUUUAACCCCAGUCUAUGCAUACAAAUCUCUUUGGGAUUUGAUGCAACAGGUUAAAGGCACAAAUGUGAGCCACUUUCAUACAUCUUUUUCAUUUUUUCAGCCAAAAUAUCAUCCUUAGCUCUCUCCCCCCCCCACACACACACAUUUUUUUCCUUUGGGAAAAGGCAGAGACAAUUCAUCCUGCCAUCCCAUAGAUGGCCCAGAAGCACACUCGAACACAAACAUGUCAGUCAGUUUCAAGCUGAAAUUGCUUUUGUAUUCAUGUACCUUUUCAGCCUACAACAUAUUUUCUUAAGUAAAAGAUAAUGGUUUCUUCAACAGAAAAUUAAAAUAUGAAAGAGAGGUGGAAUAGAGAGACUACUACAAAAAGGUUACAGAUCCCACCCUCACAGAAAUUUUGGUCUCAUUUUUUGGGAACUAUUCACAAAAUACUUAAGUGAAAGAUGCAGCAAACUUCUAAAGACACAUUACCCAAUCUUCUUUGCCAUUGCAUUUUGUAUGUAGUUAUAAAUAAUGUAGAUUUUGGGUGAUUUUUUUUUGCCAAAGUUAUUGUUAUAUUUAUACAUUGUAAUGUCUUAAGACAGUUUUUCAAUCACACAUACACACGCAAAUUACUGCAUAUUUUGCAAAAUGAGCUCACUACCUUUAAGAUUGCACAUGCUUACAAAUUGAAUUAAAGGAAAAAAAGCUUUUUUAAAAAAAGGAUUUUGUAAAAUACCAUAUAAAUAAUGUAUUUAUCUUUGGGAUUUGUACAUUGCUUUUCCCCCCUGCAGCAUCCCUGUUUAUUUUGUUGUGUAUGUUUGCUAUGUGAAAAGUGCUAAUUUGUUUGGUCACUCACAGGUGUAUUAGCUGUUUAAAUGUGAUUUUAAUACAAUUCAUUUAUAGGAUUUUUUUAGUAAUUGUUUUAAACCAUGCUUCCAUUUUUGUUUAAUUUCCACUCAAAAGCCAUUGUCUAUUUUUGUAUUAUUUGUAAGUUAAAAAGGUCCCCCCCCAAUAUAUGGCAAAAAGUAGCAUAUUAUUCUUGUAGCAUUUAGUUCAGUAGAUUUUUUAAAAAGGUAUCCUUUGCUUUUGAAGCUUAUAAAAAAAAUCUAAUGCUGUUUUACUCUAUUAAUAUGCAUGGAAUCUCUCCCCUUUGGAGUGACGCAUUUUUGUGCAUUAAAUAUGGGGAGAAACUUCAUAGAAAUCAAUGAAAAUACUUUCUUUCUUGUCUGCUUGUAUAUUUCUCUGUCUUUCACAUAAAUAUAAACCAGCAGAUUGGAUGCCUUAACAAUGCAAAUCAUACUCAUUUCACUUGUACAUUGUACUGCACACCAGAACUGUCAGUCAUCACUAACAUUCUAAGGAAAAAAAUGGAAUUUGAAAAGCACAAAAGAACUGUUUUGUUACCUUAAGACAAUGUGACUUUUUCUAGACAAGCAACAAUGCUGCAACUGUGCAUGCUUUCUGUAUGAAUUUUGCAAUGGAUUUCACUCAGAUGUCACUGUGUGAUCUUUUGGGAAAGGGAGUGGGGUGGGGGAGGACAGAGGGGGAAAAUUCCAAAAGGUUAUUGCCCAUGGAAUGGUUAAGAACACAUUUAUACAUAGUAAAACUGGAAAAUACAAGGAAUAUCAAUGUAUUGCUUCUCUGUAGUCCAUACAUUUAUUCUAAUUCACAUAAUGAAUGAUGGCACUGCAAUGUAAUCAAAUUUAAAGCCAUAUUUUGUCCAGUGACACCCUCCACUGAACCCCUUUCAGACUGAGAUGCACCUAUUUAGACACCCAUACAAAGUCAUGUACAUGUGUAUCCCUUUCUUUCAAUGUCCAAAGAUCCUUUGACAAUAUGUCAAAUUUGUUUCUAUCUCCAGCUAUUUAUAGUGCUGAUAAAAAGGAAUUUAUAUUUUAAAAGUGCCCCAGCCCCCCAACAUUUGUGUGAUUAUACAGAUGCCGCUCUUUACAGAAUAUGGCUUUAAGUGGAAAUGAUCAUGUUUCAAUCUUUACCAAGUGAAACCCCAGAUUGGCUAGGUUGUGUGAAGGAUACCUAUUUCCUCUUUAUUGUACCUGACUGCAUCUAAAAAGAAAAUCAUCUCUGGUUCUAUUAAUCUUUCACCUUCUUAACUAAACCUUUUGGAAUAGAUACACACACUGUACAGUCCUAUUGUUAGAGAAAACUAACUACUGUAGAGAUUGUUAUAAUUUUUUUGCAGAAACUCAAGCUGUAAAAACUUUUCAACUUUCACAAUAUUUAAUUAAAGUUAC